CGAGCCUCCAAAUCGAAUGUCGGUGUUUUUUUUCAAAGGUGUUUUUAUAAAUAAUAUUAUUUGUUCUUAAUGUACAAUUGAUCGAAUGCUCGCCAGUAUUUAUGAUAUUAUCUUAUGAACAAUUGUCUUGAUACUUCAAUUUCAUUAGCAAAUUUAAAUAAUACUACGAUGAAUUCCCCAAAAGUUUGCGCUUCUCCUACUUAUAAAAAUCUUAGAUUAAAACAGAAUCCGUCACCAAAAGAACUAAAAGAAAAGUUAAGAAAGGAUUAUAAAAAUAAAGUUCAAAACUGUCGCAAUAUGCUGUUGAAUAGAUUUCGUGGUCCAGCAGGGGAAACAGAUCUUCGGAGUACUCUUACAAACAUUUACAAUGACAUAUUCAAAGAUUCUAGCAAUGAAAAAACUGAGCUUCUAUUAAAUAGUGAAGAAACAAAAGUGUUGGAAGAAAUAAAGCAAGAAUUAAUACAAGAUGAACUUGAUUGGUGUCUUGAAGAAUAUGAAAAGGCUCAAUUAGAUGAUAUAGAUUGGUCAUUACUCCAAGAUGAAAAUGUUAUUUGUCCUAUAUGCGAGAAAAAUAAUUUCAGUCUUAGUAAUGAGAUAUUGUCAUGCUCAUUAUGUGAUAUAAAAGUAAUUACCAAUAAAUCAUUAAUAGACAUAAAAAAUAAAAUUUUUGAUAGUUUAGAAAAUCAUAGUAAUGUGUGUAAUACUACUGUACAGUUUUCAGCUGUUUGCGAGUUAAAUGAGACCCACAUUUACUUUAUUUGUGAAACUUGUAUGGAUAUGAAGUUACUUGUCUAAUAAUAAUUAAAAUAUAUUGAAUGUCUUGUUAUUUGUUUUUUUUAUUAUUUGUUUUAUUUUCUAUAUCCAUACAUUUUUCAAUUUGUUUUUUUUCUUCUCUGGGCAUAUUUAAUAAUUUUAUGUUUUGUUCAGUUAACAUUAACAUGUUACCAUGAUUUAUUCUUUUAUAAGCCUGUUCUGUAUCACUUUUUUAUACUUACCUUGUUAUUGAGAGCUUUAGACACAAAAUGAUGUUAAGAAUAUUUUGACUUACCUAUUUAUUCACCAUAUUUAUUUUCUUCCAAAAUAGUGACUAUGCAUGAAACCAAUAUAAAACAAUAGCAUAAAACAAAAACAUUUUUUACUAAACAGAAAAGCAUGAUCAUUGAAAGUAUCAGAUUUAGUUAAGUUCAGAGAAGUAUACAAAACCUAAGCUAUUUUGAAAAAAAAAAGAUAUUAGACAGUGUGUUAGCCAGGCCCAUUCUAAAAUAAUAGAACGCCUAUAGUAAUUUUCUGUUUACUAAUGGGAAAUAAAUUAGAACAUACUUUCCUGGCUACAUGUAAAUCAAGUUGUUACUUAAGGCAUCUGUAUCUUUAAAUUGUAUUUCAGACAAGGCAUAAUUUCAAACUAUAUCUAUUUAAGUUUAUUUAAAUUACAAGACAACCACCCUUUGUUCUUUGUGGAAAUUUAUUUAGUUUAGAGACUUGUGUAUAUCAGAAUUGCCACUAAUGUUUUUCUGAACAGUCUUUAUAACAUUGGUCUAAUAAAAAAAUAACUAAUCAUCUUUAUUAUCAAACAUUCUUGUAAAAGGUACAUGAUUGGGAUAAUAAACAAAUUAUUUGA